AUGGUGACGAAGGUGCUUGUGCUUGCUGUCAUGCUGAUGGAGGAGUUGAGAGGAUGCGGAGCGACUGUGUCGACUGCAUUCUGCCCUGUCAGGAGCCUGAGAGGAUCCUUUGCUAGGCAAGUACAGCUUACCUGCCAUAGAUGGCCCCGCAAAGAAUUUUGGUUGAUGCAGAAGGGGUUCGGGCAGGGGAAGGCUGGAGGCAAAGGAGUCGGGGGAGAAAGGAAGAAGAGGACCAUAAAGGUUGUGGAACCCGGUGAUGUUGAGAAGUCACAGGAUCAUAGGAGGCUGGUGGCAAAUGCCGUCGCGAGGGUGGGUCCGGACAUGAUUCAGUCGCUUGAUAGCAAGGGAUACUUCAUGGCAGACGGAUUCCUAGGGGAAGAUGCUGGGAUGGAGAUGAGAAAUGAGGCUCAAGAGCUGUACAAGUCAAAGAAGAUGACAGUUGGACAAUCUACCAGAUGGAAUGAGAAGCAGAACAGAACAGAGCAGUACGAGAAGUUCAACGUGUACACCAUGCAGAUAGAAGGCGGCAGCAUGUACUUCGAUGCUCCACGGUUGACCGAGUACAUCGUUGAAGCUACCUCCAAGAUCGCUGGUGCGAUAAACAAUCACCGUGGGAAAUCAGUGCUGCUGGAAACACACCAGACCAACAAGCUAGCGGUGUGCGUGGGGAACGGAUCGUCGUAUGCGAAGCACUAUGACAACCAGGGAGGUGCCGACAGGAGGAAGCUGACUGUCCUCUACUACAUGAACCCAAGUUGGUCCGAGUCGCACGGUGGGUGUUUUCGUAUCUUCGAUCCCUACAACAAGGACUCGUUCACUGAUGUCGCUCCCAAGUUCGACCCUGAGACCCAGGAGACAGGCCUGCUGUGCUUCUGGUCAGACAAGCUGAUCCACUCGGUCGAGCCUUCCUUUGCCGAGAGCGAGGAGCAGUUCCGAUACGCGCUGACGGUCUGGCUGUAUGCCAACCAAGACACACAGAUCGAGCAUGACCCUGAAGCAGAGAAAGCGCAUUUUCUUGAGGCCUGA